CAAUGUCAUCUUCAGCAAGAAGGUAAGCACGAACAUGAUUUAUUAUCACAACAAAUUGAACAAUGUUAGAUAGUAAACUAACAAAACAAACACCAUAUAGAAACGACUCCACUAACAACCAACCAAAAUUAUACUUGUAAGUAUUCUUGAUGCUAAAAAAAUCAUUGUAUUUGGAUGUUGCUUUGCAUGUUUAGGCUGCUUGGACUGUGUUAGCACAUUGUGCGGGAAUUCAUUACUUUAAAAGUGGAUAAGCGUUCAGCUUAUGAGCAUGUUUUCUUUCAGAUUCCUAUUUGCGCAACUCCUGCUGCACUGAUACCGCCAAUGGCUGGACUUGGCUUUUCAAUUGGUAUGGUGGAUUCGUCCAUGAUGCCACACAUGGGAUAUUUGGUUGACACUCGCCAUACCUCUGUGUACGGCAGUGUGUAUGCUAUCGCCGACGUGGCAUUUUGUGUUGGAUACGCUUUUGGGCCCUCGAUGUGUGGAACAAUAGUAAAACUGAUGGGUUUCCCUUGGAUGCUGUGGGGUAUGGCUAUAGUAGUGUUCCUCUACUCUCCCCUGGUGUGCUUCUUACGCCAGGCGCAAGUGCGCGAGGAGACGCUGGCGCUGAUCAUGAAAGAUAAGUGUCCGAUUCAGUACGUUACCCAGGCUCAAAAUUACUCUACGCUGGACGAAGCUGUAUCCCCGGAUGAACGCCCUUGAAAUUCAGCUAAAUUUGGAGGCAGUGUCCUGUGUAGAAUUGCAGCAUUGGAAACAACCAUAUUGAAGACACCGAGAUUCAAGAAACAUUUAGAAUAAAAAGAAUGUACAUGUAUGUCAUAUACCGUAGCAAUUCCAAUAGUUACAACCAAUCUGAAAUAGCUCUAUCUUGUGGUAAUCGGGCUUUGUUAAACACUUCAAUAUUGAGUAAUUUAUAAUUCAAAUUUGAGUCCAUUGUAGCCGUCACAAUUUAAUUUUGUGGUUGAAAGAGUGGAUGUCCAUGCGAUGUACUACAGGUAGAUGCAUGUCAAUGUAAAUGUAGGCCAUUUCCUACGUGUUGCA